AUCUGAAACUGACAAUGUCACGUUUCCCGAUGAUCGCUUUGGUUCUGGCCGUCACAGUUACACUUACAAAUGGCCAGUACUUUAGCCAGGGUAAUACCACUGGGACUAACUUACCCCAGGAUAUCUACACAAAAGGAAUCAUGAAUUUCGCCACAUCGAUUUCCUCUGGUAUGAAUUUCUCUGCUCCCUUGCAGGAAGCGUUUUCAUUUCUGAAUAAAACAUCAAACAUUGUUGAUCAGAUCGAUUUCAACGCAAUAUUUCAAUUUCUUGAAUUUGCACAAUCUAGAAACACAUCAUUUUUUGGAGGGGAUGAUAAGGAUUUAGAUAUGUUAUACAAUAUGCUCAAGUUCCUUCAGUUUCUUUCUACAAUUGACGAUUCUACCAUGACAUCACCUGCUGUCGAGGGUCUCCUAGCCGGAAUGGGAGCUGGAUUAACAGAAGUGACUAGACCAAUUCUGGAAAAUGUUCUCGAAAAUUUGACGUUAACCCUGGGUGAAGAUCCCGCUGCCAUCAUCGCCGAAGUUCUCGGCACUGGUCCCGCUGAUCUUCAAACAUUUCUUGAAUCAGCAAACCUGAGUAAUAUGACCUUUGAUCCAGCUGCCAUGCUUACAUCAUUAGGUGUUUCUUCACUCUGCCUCCGGGAUCUGGGGAUAAUGAUGACGUCAGUCACACAAGGAUCAAUGACUGCUAUUCAAAUGUUAGACAGUAUGGGAAAGCUUCGAGCUGGAAUCCUGGAAGGGAACGUGUUCUUCCCCGGCAGAUAUGACCAGUGCCUUAGUAUUACACCAGAGGAGUUUGCAACUCGGUAUUGUUUGGUCAGCGUGCCAGCAUCAAUGCAGGGAUUUCCUCUGACUAUGAAAGAAGGUUUAUGCGUUCCGGAUACAUGUGGCGAGUCUGAUAUAUUAGUAUUAGUCAAUGCAAUGUUGUCGUCAAUUCCGGCCGGGGAUACACCGAUAUAUGCUUCCAAAACAUCAUGCAGUUAUACGGACACCACGUACGACACAAAAGCUAUCGUUGCAUUGAGUAUAUGUGGUUUGUUUGCGGCUCUGAUGGUAGUAUCCACGGCCUUUGACAUACUGCGUGAACAAUGCAAGAGCAAACCAACUACUGCAGAAAAAAGUCAAGAUAAGCCGAGGACGAUUCAUGACGUACACGCCCCGAUACCUGAAGUCACUGAAGGAAAUAAACAGGGCGAAUUUCCCUCUAUUAUCUACACGAUCGACUCCGAAGAAUACAAGAAAACAGCAGUAGAAGACGCGAUCCCUAAGAUCUACCCGACAGCUCCGGUGGAAGAACCACCAUCUCCGUCACCGAAAGAAAAACAACCAGAACGUGUCGAUGGGAUACUGGUGAAACUGUUGCUGUCUUUCUCUGUGUGGACCAAUGGGAGAAAGCUGUUAAAUGCAGAACAAGGCGGUGCUCUAGGAGCUGUUAAUGGCCUUCGGUUCCUGAGCAUGUCCUGGGUAAUUCUUGGACAUACUUACUCCUUCUCCAUGGCCUAUAUCCAGAACUUUACGUUCUUUACCAGUGUAGUAUCCCGUUGGACGUUUAUGGCUAUAAUCAAUGGCCUGAUGGCAGUCGAUACUUUCUUCACUAUGAGCGGGUUACUUGUGGCGUUUGUGUUUAUGAAGGAGAUGAAGAAGGAAAAGGGUCGAAUUAACUGGUUUUUGUUCUACUUUCAUCGGUUCUGGAGACUCACGCCCGCCUACAUGUUGAUAUUGAUGAUCAAUGCAACACUAUCUCGCUACCUUGGUGAUGGACCAGAAUGGCCAAAGGAUGGAUUUGAGAUUGAUUCAUGCUCAACCACAUGGUGGACAAGCCUUUUAUAUGUGAACAAUUUCGUUCAUUCCGAAAAAAUGUGCCUGGGAGUAGCAUGGUAUCUAGCAAACGAUAUGCAGUUCUACAUACUGAGCCCUCUGAUGUUGGUUCCUCUGUACUUCUUCAAAAAGAUAGGAGUCCUGGUGUGUGCUGUGUUCCUGCUUGGCGUAACGGUGGCUACUGCUAUCAUAUCAGCUACAUAUGAUCUUCCCAUCACUUUUGUUGACGUGGCUGCAUCUGGCGACUAUAUGACGAAAUACUACAUCAAACCCUACUGUCGUAUGGGGCCGUACAUCGUCGGAUUAGUCACUGGAUACAUACUACACGAAAAAGGACUGAAUGUGAAAAUAAACAAGUAUGUCAAUUUCUUCAUUUGGGUAGUAGCAAGCGUUGUCGCUUGUCUAGUCGUUUAUGGUAUUUACGAUUCUGCGAACGGAGACCCUGUCAGUGUUGGAGUAGCCGCCCUUUACAAUUCAACUUCAAGAUCCUUGUGGGGAGCAUGCAUAAGCUGGGUGAUAUUCGCAUGCGCUACCGGAAAUGGAGGUUUUGUGAACACGAUUCUAUCCUGGAAACCGUUUGUGCCGUUGGGAAGGCUUACUUACUGUGCCUACUUAGUCCACAUGAUAAUUAUGUUAAUGAACCUAAUGUCAGCAAGAGAAUACAUCUAUGCCACCGACAAAGCAUUCAUUUUUCUGUUUCUGGGUUACAUGGUGAUGUCGUACAUGGCGGCCUUUGUUCUCUCCCUGGCGUUUGAAGCUCCAAUGAUGGCCUUGGAGAAAGUUAUAUUCCGUAGAGGGGGUGGAAGAAAAGAAGGAAAAACCAAAAAGUGAAGACAGGCAUGACAUAAAGUCACGAAAGAUGUGAUUGGAAAUGAGUAAUAUUGUUGAUUUUUUUGAUUUUUUCUCGAAAAUGACAGUUUAAAUGUCUAAUCAUUCAUAAAGACAUGUCAUUAUACUCGUAUUAUAUUUUUACUGAUUAGAAAAUCUGUAUGCAAUAAAUAUGCAACUUUAAAAUACAUCUAUUUUUAAACUUCAACAUUUUUUUUAUGAUAUAUGUUUUGUUUACUGCAACUUCAUCAUGUGGUAUUUUAUCAAAGAAUUUCCCGACAUUGCUAUUCACAGAAAUCGCGGAUGUUGUGUAGACAUGAAUUUAAUUGAUAUGAAUCUGUUUACCGUAAUAAACCUCCUGAUAUAUGUUUAGCAUAUAAGUACAAAUACCUAUAUGUUCAAUAACGAGAAGUUCUUUUGAAAAUGUUCGAUACAUGGACAUGCUAUCAUUGAUAUAUAACUCUCAGCGAUUAAACUUCGGGUUUUUUGACGCACUUUGUGGACAAACUAUUCAGAUGAAUGCGGAGUUUUUGGUCAUAAUACUUCAGUUGUCAGCUUAUAUAUAUAUAUGUGUAUAAACUAUGCAUAUAAAUGUAUCUUAAGUUCAACUUUUUUCUACUUUCAACUUCGGAAUUAAUUUAAAAUCACACUCACAUUGAAACAUUACCAAAUGUUUUAUAAAUCUAUUUUUAUUUUUUCAAAAUGUUAUUAAGGUAUGUUGAUGAUAUAUUUGGAGCAAAGAAGUUUUCUUUAAAAAAAGAAAGGGAGAGAAAUAGGAAAAAAAGGAGAGAAAAAAAACCGGCCGAUAAAGUUAUUAUAAUUAUGAUACCCUUGUACCAGAAAUAUCUAUACCAGCCCUAUAAUUAUUUUUAAUUUGAUUACAUUGAACAUCAUUAUGUCCAUACAUCUGUUUCACUAUGCCAUAAUAUCUGACGUUGUCUCGGUCGGGCGGAGUAGGAAACCCGUGUUGAACCUUGUUGUAAGAUCUUAAAGUCAAUAUAUACUAUUUAUGGGAUUUCUCUGCGGAAAUUUUUAAUUCAUUUAUAGAUACAGUAUACAAUACUUCUUUAAUCAAAAUGAAUUGAGCGAAAUUAAUACCAGAAAUAAUUACACAUAAAUCUGUGACACACGAACUACCGACCCAGAGGUGACUACAGUGUCAGAACACCUUAACUUCGGCCACCGCCUUACC